UCUCGUACUCCAAGCACAUGCCGCUCCCUACUAUGUGGGACAGGAAACAUGGUGAAGGAUCGGCUGCCUGACCUCAGACUGGUUCAGCGUUCACAGAGCUACAGUUCAGAUGAAGUCUGCUUGAAGAUUGGAAAGAAGACAAAUGCAAUCACUCAGUUUCUUGAUAAGGUGGAAAGGAUUCAAAAUGGAAUUGAAAGCAUCAACACCAAUAUCGACGAAAUCAAGAGACUCAACAGCAUCAUCCUGUUGUUACCUCAAGGCAAAGGAACAAGCAAUUCAGAAGUCGAAGACAGGAAGAUGUGUGUUUCCCGUACCAUAUACCAGGUUCAGUAUGAUAUUAAAGGCAUCCAAAAACUGAUAGAAAAAGACAAAGAAAUGCCUAUCGACACUUUAUCAACUCUUGCAAGAAUUCAAAGAAUCCAGUAUUCGACGUUGGUGUGGCUGUUUGCUGAUGCUGUGAACAACUACAACGAGAUGCUUCUGAAACAUCAAGCAAGAUGUAAAGCAAUUGUACACCAGCAACUGCAGAUAAUCAACAGAGAGGCCACAAGUGAGGAACUGGAGCACUUGUUAGAGAACAGUGAAGUGGCUGUUUUUGUGGACAAUAUUGUUGCAGAUACGCUUGAAGCACAACUUGCUCUGACAAGUGUGAAAGCAAGACACGGAGAGUUACUGGAAGUUGAAAGCUCUGUGAAGGAAAUAAGGGACAUAUUUGUGCAGAUGGCAACACUGGUAGAGGCACAGGGUGAUAACGUCAAGAGAGUAGAAUUCCAUGUGGUGAAAGCAGGAGGACACGCUGACCUUGGUAACACCCGGCUCAGAAAAGCAAAAAAACUGAAGAAAAAGCGAAGAAAGAUAAAGUUCAUCUUAGUUGUCAGCCUCAUCAUACUUCUUGGUAUCGUUCUGAUUCUGCUCACUAUAUAAUUGUGCAAAACAAUAUUUUGUGUACAGUGAGACCAAAUAAAAAUGGUGUAUGAGAUUUAAGUCUGUACUUUAUUUAGCGAUGCUGUCAGGAACUAAAACUGUGUAGCAAAGUCACGGGGCUCAUUAAGCAAAGUACUGUGUUUCAUCUGAAAUGGGAAUAUUCAACAGACCGAAAAUGGUCACGAUGCAAGGGCCAAGUGUGGCCCACCUCUUACCUGACUCUGAAAUAGUGGGUGAGGCUGACUUGAUGUAGACCACUGUAUCAUCAUUAGAAAGUCACUAGAUCCUACUUCUGACGUACAAUGGGAACCAGGAUCGCUAUACAACAGUGUGGGACACAUCGGACUUCCUUUCUUUAAGGUUGCCUACUGAGGGUGCAACAUACUCUACUAAGAGACACAGACACAUGUUAUCAUUUCUGUUACAUGUUCAAGAAAUUCCCAGUUUAAUUCCUGCCUGGACAAAUAAAUCUUAACUUUGGAUCCCCAUGACUUUCUUCAUACCAUAACAGAGGUCUGAUUCCCAUGGCAUCCCCCUGUCAUUUACUGCAGACAUAAAUCUGCAGGACCAGAGGCUGCCAUGGCAGCUGAAUAUCAAGUUGCCAGUCUCCUGGGAUGUGACAGUGUUGUGUGGUAGACAGGUAUCAAUAUUUUGAAGGAAUGUAAACCCUCCAUCUUCAGGGUAGAAAAGGGGAAGAUGUGAAGACGGAAGCAAUGGCUAAACUCUUGUUUAUUUGGAUUAAGUGGGGGGGGAGAAGUCUUUCAGUUUAAUGACACAAAAGAUAGCCCUAAGCAGCAACCAAAAAAAUUUAGAAAACAAAUGGAGAAUUUAGUGCUGAUGAAAAGAAAUAAAAAAAUUACCGUAGAACCUAAAUUUAAAAGCUAUAAAAUGUCAAGAAGCUGGAAUCCAGGGUCUCCU